GGGACUAACAUUUACAUGUUGCGUUUAUAUUUUUGUAGAAUGUUUUAAGUGUAAUUGGACUGUUUUGAAUUGUUUAUUUCGCUAUUGUUGCGUGUCUUGUGUAAACAUGGCAAGAAUUGUAUUAAAAGGUAAGCCCUUCCCUCAACGUUGACGCUGGAAUCUACUUCCGGUGCAUUUUUUCGGGUGCUACUUGCAGAAAAAUGGCCUCCGACAAGCAAAAUGAAGGAAAAAUAUUACCUAUGGACGAGAAUAAAGAAAAUACAACGGAAGAUGGAAUAGGACUGGAGAUUCUCCAGAUCAUCAAGGAUUCCCAGCAACAACAUGGCUUGCGACACGGGGAUUAUCAAAGAUACAGGGGAUACUGCUCCCGGCGCUUGCGUCGUCUGCGCAAGACCCUGGGCUUCAAGUGCGGCAACAGGCACAAGUUCACUGGGAAGAAAAUGACUGUCGACAUGCUCUCUGACAACCGGUACUCUGACAACAGGUAUCUACUGCUGGUACUGAUGGAGGCUGAGAGGGCGUGGAGCUAUGCCAUGCAGCUGAAGCAGGAGGCAAACACAGAGCCCCGCAAGCGCUUUCACCUGCUGUCCCGCCUGCGGAAGGCCGCCAAACAUGGAGAGAGGCUGGAGAAGCUGUGCGAGAGCCCUCGUGUGGAUGCCAAGACCAAACUGGAAGCACAGGCCUACACCUCCUACCUGAGUGGCAUGGUGCGCUUUGAGCUGCAGGAGUGGAAGGCUGCCACGGAGGCCUUCAACAAGUGCAAGACCAUCUAUGAGAAGCUGGCCAGUGCCUUUACUGAGGAGCUGGCAGUGCUGUAUCACCAGCGUGUGGAGGAGAUCUCACCCAACAUCCGCUACUGUGCUUACAACAUCGGUGACCAGAACGCCAUGAAUGAGCUGAUGCAGAUGAGGCUCAGUGCAGGAGGAGGAGGAGGCAUGAUGGCUGAGAAACUAGAGGCCCUAAUCACACAGACGAGAGCCAAGCAGGCAGCCACUAUGAGCGAGGUGGAGUGGCGAGGCCGAACGGUGCCCGUCAAGAUCGACAAGGCCCGCAUCUUCCUGCUGGGCCUGGGAGACAACGAGGCUGCCAUCGCCCAGGCAGCCAAUGAGGAGACCAAGGAACGUCUGUACGAGACCCUACUAGCCGAGUGCAGAGACACCAUCCAUGCUGUGAGAGAGGAGCUGAAGACUGAAGCUAAGCAGCGAGAGAGAUCUGAUGAAGCCAGUGGCAAGGUGUCCAACCUGCAGUUCCUGCACAGCUACCUGACCUACAUCAAGCUGUGGACGGUGGUGAAGAGGAACGAGAGCAUGGCCCACGUGCUGCAGGCCAAGCUGAAGGAGCCGCAGACGGACGAGAACAAAAGGGGCCCUCGCCCCCAGGACCUCAUUCGCCUCUAUGACAUCAUCCUCCAGAGUCUGGCUGAGUUGUCCACCCUGCAGGGCCUGGAGGAAGAUCACACGUUCCAGAAGGAGGUGGCCCUCAAGAUGCUGGUCUACAAGGCCUACAGGUGUUUCUUCAUAGCCCAGUCGUACGUGCUGGUGAAGAAGUGGAGCGAGGCUCUGGUCCUGUAUGAGCGGGUCCUGAAGUACGCCAAGGAGGUCCAGUCCAAGGCUAAGAGCCUCAACAACAGCCUCAAGUUACCUGUAUAUGCAAAUCAAGGGUUGAAGAAAAGCUCAAACCAUGACAAUAUCCACAAAGAUCUGCCUGAUGUGCAGGAGCUGAUCACAGAGGUCAAUGCUGAGAAAUACUCGCUUCAGGCGGCGGCCAUCUUAGACACAGAGGAUGCUCCUGAAGCACCCUCUCAGCAGAAGGUGAAAGACAACACGCCUCUGUGUGAGCGUCUGGAAACCUUCCACCUGGACCCCACCCUGGUGGGGAAGCAGCCCAACCUGGUCCAGUUCCCCCCAGACUUCCAGCCCAUCCCCUGUAAGCCCCUCUUCUUUGAUCUGGCACUCAACCACGUGGCCUUCCCAUCCCUCGACGACAAGGUGGAGCAGAAGGGCAAGGGCGGCCUGACCGGCUACAUCAAGGGCAUCUUCGGCUUCGGCAGCUAAAUCGAGUCCCAGGCUUCGGUGAGGCCUUCAGGUUGGAAGCAGCCAUGGGCCCCCAUGAUAUUGACAAACCGGCUGAGUGGGUUUCUAGAAAACUUUCUCCGUCUCCACCUGAACUGUGGAAACAAUGUCUGUGUCUGGAAAUGGUACCCUGUUCCCUUAUGUAGUAGACAACUUGGUCAAAAGUAGUGCACUGCAUAGGGUAUAGAGCGCCAACUCGAAAGCUACCAGUUUGAGACUUCAUGUUCUAGAGGUUUCCAGGCCUUGUGUUUGUUCCCUUCAACAUCCCCCAACACACUUUACAGAGGGAAACAAACCCAAUUGACUUUUAAUUUUCAACUCUUAAAAGCGCCUUCAUGUACUCCGUCUCGAUGUCAGUAUACAGGAGGGAGGGAGAGGAAGUGUUGUACCAAUCACGAUCAAACAGGACAAACGGUAUAAAUGCAGGCACACACGGUAAAUCCGCGACCAAGCCGUGAUGUCUCAUAACACGUUCAUUUCUGAUCGUGGUCAUACUGUCGAAAUCACCUCUGUAUUGCCUCAACUUUCUUAUGACUGUAAUAUCUAGAUUGUGAGACAAGUUCUCAAUAUAGAGAAUAAUGUGUCCGUCUGUCUUGUCCUGCACGCCAUUGUGCCACCAAUACAUCUCUGCAUGGUUGACAGUUAACGUUAGACUAGACAUCAGGGUUGAAAUGGUCCUGUUAACUUCCUUAUACAACAAUGGGGUUCAGUGGCCAAUGACUUUAUAUUCAGUACAGGAAAGGACUCUCUAAGGUGUUUAUAUUCUCUAUUGAUAUGACUUUUUAAAACAUUUUAUGUAAGUUCUGUGUGUGACAAAAGACAGAAUGAGCUUUGAGGUCAAAGGGCAGUGCUUAGGAUUCAUUUUGGCCUCACCUCCGAAAGUCUAGGAGGCAGCGUUCAUGAACUUCUGUCCAAAACAACCCUAGUAUGUCUAGAAAUAUUGUGUUUUGGUACACACUACUUCAUUGUAUCAGUUGGCUCCUAUUCCAACAGGUUUUAAAUGGGAGGGAGCGGCACCCUUUUUUGAGUGACUAACACCUCUUCAGCUUUUCCAGUACCAAAGCCGGUUCUGUAAUCAAGAGCCUUUAGCUAUUCAAUGGACCUCCUAUUUGCAUAUUUUUAUUUUUUUGCAAACCGUGUUCUCAACUACAGGUUGUCAAUUUACCUUCUGUCCUCUCUUCAAUCUAACUCUUUGUUUUGUCUUUAAUUCGGGGUUAUAUAAGUCUUGUACUUUUUAUUUCGAUGAAUUUUUUUUUGUUUCCCAAUGUCAUGUAUUAAUAAACAGGAUUUGGGUGAUGAUACGUGUUGGAAUGGUUUCACGCAUCAUCACCCAAGAUGCCUGAAAAAUGAAUUCUGUAAACAUGAUUUGAAAACAAGUGAAGUAUUGAAAGAGAGAAUUGUGAAAUGGAUGAUGAAAUGGAUCGUUUUCAGGCUUCUAAUUAAAAAAACGAGACAUUUGCAGCAAACAUGA